AUGAAUAAAUGUUUCUAUUUCGCCGUAGAUCACACAAAUCCAAUUUCAUUCACUAUUGCAUCUAAAGUAACUAUGACGGGCCCAUAUCAACAAGAAAGUAUCAACGAAAUUUAUGAACUUCUGUUCUGUGAUCAACUAGAAUUGUAUAAAAAUAACACUACUUCAUCAGAAGAUCCAUGGAAGUUGGUGCUGUCGGAUGAGACUAAUCCAGAAAAGUUAACGAAAUUAUCGCAAGAUCCACACGUCGCAAGUCGUCUUCGUCUAUUAGCUUACCAGCGUCUACACACUAUGACUCAACCAAUCGAUACAAACGAGCUUCUCGGAGUAAUCGUAGAAAUACGAUUUGCAAACGGUCUAGAUACAUUGGCUGUCUACAAGGACGGUAGUGCACGUUAUAUCAACCAAGCUGGCAAACUCAUUGUUUGGGAUCAUCGAACAGAAAUAUCCGAUAAACUCAUAAGUAAUAUAUUUCAAGCAAGUCAAGUCAUAACUGAUCGAAUACUUCCAUGUUAUGAUAAGAGAACUCCACAUCCAGCAGAAGGUCGAUGCAAAGUAACAUUCUUAGUCUCAGAUCAAUUACAUUCUACUGAGGGACCUUUUAAAGAAUACUCUGCUCAUCCACUGAUAGGUCAGGUUAUGUCUGCAGCAUUUGAACUUUUACAAUACCUCAUGGCAGCAGCGUCUAUGAGUGCAGUGUGA